UCACCAUGGAUGCCAUAGAGAACGCCACACAGUCGCAAUCCGGGUAUGAUGGGGGCGCAUACACCGCAAAUCCCAUAGAUGGGACAGCCAAGAGCAUGCUGAUGUUCAGAGGCCAAGAUGUCUCGUUGUUCUACAACUUUCUGGUCAAUGGCGAGGGGGGAUCGCACACUAUCCCUACUGCACUAUACGCUCCGUCGCCCUUUAGCAAGGCGAAGUUAGAAACACUCAAGGUAGGGGAUGUGUCUAA